CAGAACGCUGUGACAGCCACACACUCCAAGGCCUCCAAGAUGAGCUACACUCUGGACUCCCUGGGCAACCCGUCCGCCUACCGGCGGGUCACCGAGACCCGCUCCAGUUUCAGCCGCGUGAGCGGGUCCCCGUCCAGCGGCUUCCGCUCGCAGUCCUGGUCCCGCGGCUCGCCCAGCACCGUGUCCUCCUCCUACAAGCGCAGCGCACUAGCUCCGCGCCUUGCCUAUAGCUCGGCCAUGCUCAGCUCUGCGGAGAGCAGCCUUGACUUCAGCCAGUCCUCCUCGCUGCUCAACGGCGGCUCCGGAGGCGACUACAAACUGUCCCGUUCCAACGAGAAAGAGCAGCUGCAGGGACUGAACGACCGCUUCGCCGGCUACAUCGAGAAAGUGCACUACUUGGAACAGCAGAACAAGGAGAUCGAGGCGGAGAUCCAGGCUCUGCGGCAGAAACAGGCCUCCCAUGCCCAGCUGGGUGAUGCUUACGACCAGGAGAUCCGAGAGCUGCGAGCCACGCUCGAGAUGGUGAACCACGAGAAGGCGCAGGUGCAGCUGGACUCCGAUCAUCUGGAGGAAGACAUUCACCGGCUCAAGGAGCGCUUCGAGGAGGAGGCGCGGCUGCGCGACGACACCGAGGCUGCCAUCCGAGCGCUGCGCAAAGACAUCGAGGAGUCCUCGAUGGUAAAGGUGGAGCUGGACAAGAAGGUUCAGUCGCUGCAGGAUGAGGUGGCCUUCCUGAGAAGCAAUCACGAAGAGGAGGUGGCCGACCUGCUGGCUCAGAUCCAGGCGUCGCACAUCACGGUAGAGCGCAAAGACUACCUGAAGACAGACAUCUCCACGGCCCUGAAGGAGAUCCGCUCCCAGCUCGAGUGUCACUCAGACCAGAACAUGCACCAGGCCGAAGAGUGGUUCAAAUGCCGCUACGCCAAGCUCACCGAGGCGGCCGAGCAGAACAAGGAGGCCAUCCGCUCCGCCAAGGAAGAGAUCGCCGAAUACCGGCGCCAGCUACAGUCCAAGAGCAUCGAGCUCGAAUCCGUGCGUGGCACUAAGGAGUCCCUGGAGCGGCAGCUCAGCGACAUCGAGGAGCGCCACAACCACGACCUCAGCAGCUACCAGGACACCAUCCAGCAGUUGGAAAAUGAGCUUCGGGGAACAAAGUGGGAGAUGGCUCGUCAUUUGCGAGAAUACCAGGAUCUCCUCAACGUCAAGAUGGCCCUGGACAUCGAGAUCGCCGCAUACAGGAAACUCCUGGAGGGUGAAGAGACCAGAUUUAGCACAUUUUCAGGAAGCAUCACGGGGCCUCUGUACACACACCGACAGCCCUCUGUCACAAUAUCCAGUAAGAUUCAGAAGACCAAAGUCGAGGCUCCCAAGCUCAAGGUCCAACACAAAUUUGUGGAGGAGAUCAUUGAGGAAACAAAAGUGGAAGACGAGAAGUCAGAAAUGGAAGACGCCCUCACAGCUAUUGCCGAGGAGCUGGCAGCCUCUGCCAAAGAGGAAAAGGGAGAAGAGGCGGAGGAGAAGGAAGAGGAACAGGAAGCCGAAAAGUCCCCUGUGAAGUCUCCUGAGGCUAAGGAAGAAGAGGAAGGGGAAAAGGAGGAAGAAGAAGGCCAGGAGGAAGAAGAGGAAGAUGAAGGUGCCAAGUCAGACCAGGCAGAAGAGGGAGGAUCUGAGAAGGAAGGCUCCAGUGAAAAGGAUGAAGGUGAGCAGGAAGAAGAGGGAGAGACUGAGGCAGAAGGUGAAGGAGAGGAAGUAGAAGCUAAAGAGGAAAAGAAAACUGAAGAAAAAGUUGAAGAAGUGGCUGGCAAGGAGGAAAUCAAGAUUGAGAAGCCAGAGAAAGCCAAGUCUCCUGUGCCAAAAUCACCAGUUGAAGAGGUAAAGCCAAAACCAGAAACCAAAGCCGGGAAAGACGAGCAGAAGGAGGAAGAGAAAGUUAAGGAAGAAAAGAAGGACGUCGUCAAGGAAGCACCCAAGGAAGAGAAGGUAGAGAAAAAGGAGGAGAAGCCAAAAGAUGUUCCAGAGAAGAAGGCUGAGUCUCCGGUGAAAGAGAAAGCUGUGGAGGAGGUGAUCACCAUCACCAAGUCGGUAAAGGUGAGCCUGGAGAAAGACACCAAAGAGGAGAAGCCUCAGCAGCAGGAGAAAGUCAAGGAGAAGGAGAAGGCAGAGGAGGAGGGAGGGAGUGAGGAGGAGGGGAGCGAUCGCAGCCCACAGGAAUCCAGGAAGGAAGACAUAGCUAUCAAUGGGGAGGUGGAAGGAAAAGAGGAGGAGCAGGAAACUCAGGAAAAGGGCAGUGGGAGGGAAGAGGAGAAAGGGGUGGUCACUAAUGGGUUAGAUGUGAGCCCAGCAGAUGAAAAGAAAGGAGACGAGGACAAGGUGGUGGUGACCAAGAAGGUGGAAAAAAUCACCAGCGAGGGGGGCGAUGGUGCUACCAAAUACAUCACCAAAUCUGUAACCGUCACUCAAAAGGUCGAAGAGCAUGAGGAGACCUUUGAGGAGAAACUAGUGUCAACUAAAAAGGUAGAAAAAGUCACUUCACACGCCAUAGUCAAGGAAGUCACCCAGGGUGACUAAGAUCUGAGUCCACUGCAAAAGGUUAAGCCAUACGACAAUUUCAAAAUGCAUGUGAUUGACAGCUUCAAAACAGAAUGGGUUCUCCCAUGGGGGCUCCAGACAUUGUAUUUUCCUUUGUGCAAUAAGAGGGAACUGCAUGCAAGCUCAGGGUGCCUCCUCCUCAGUCUUUGGGGGAAUCCAAAUGCAUGAUAGUGUAUGUACCUGGGGGAUUUGCCAGUUUUCUAAACUGUUGGAAGAGGGGCACUCGGGGGGAUGUCUUGAGAUGUAUUAUGCAAAGUACCAACUGAGCCAAUAAUAAUAAGUGAAACAGAACUCUCUUAGCCUUAAGAAAGCUAUAUAUGAAUACUUAUGUUUACCUCACUGGUGCAUUUAAAAUGGAAUUCUGCUCAUGGGAGAACCUUGCUGACCGCACAGUUUGCAACCUUACGUUGAUCGAUGUUCAAUGUCACAUCAGUCCUUGCUCAAUAAAGGUCAUACUGGAAACAUAAA